UUUUCUAUCCUCAAACAAAGAUGGCGAUUCAAAACUUUGGCGGUCGUGGAAGUGGAAUUUAAACUAGAUAUCUCUGUUGGAUAAAAUAGGACCACAAUUAUGUCGGAGGAUAACUUGAAGGUGAAAUGUGUGGGAGAGGCUGGUGGUGAGACAACAGAUGAAUUGAAGGAAGCUCGCGAGAUAUUAAUUGAGAAUGGGUUCCAGCCUCUCUGGAUUACACCAGCUGAAUGUCUGGACAUGGAGCAGAAAGACAGAACCAGUGUUUACUUGAUUGACCCAUUUGAAGGAGAAGCCUUCCAUCAUCUUGCUGCUAUAGGAUGCAGAGUGUAUGGCCCCCAGUGUAUCUUGUCCUGCAUGCUGCUGAGAAUGGAAAUUCCCCGAAGACGUGUUCCUAUUUACAACAUGUCUAUGAAGGAUGUACUGGUCAGCUGUACAAGUAUAGAAAAGGAUAUAAGGGAGAAAAUCCACAAGCAGAUUGAAUAUAUGGCAGGCGAAGUGAGCAAGGACUUCACUGAUGCAGUCACACACCUCAUUGCUGGGGAAGUUGGCAGCAAGAAAUAUGUCGUGGCUGGCAGUUUGGGCAAGCACAUCAUGAUGCCUAAGUGGGUGACUGCUGUCUGGGAAAAGGCCAAGUACAGACAUGUUCAUGCUACUGAUGACCAGUUCCAGAAGUACCGAUGUCCUAUAUUCAGUGGCCUUGUUGUCACAGUCUCAGGGUUGGACCAAGAUGAGAGGAAAGAAGUAAAGAAAACAAUCGAGGCAGAGGGGGGAAAAUACACCGGGGAGAUGAAGAUGAAGGAAUGUACACAUCUUAUUGUCAAGGAAGCUAAAGGACAGAAAUACGAGCAUGCCUCAAAGUGGAAGAUACAUAUAGUCAGGCCACGCUGGUUGUACGACUCGGUGGAGAAAGGGUACUGCCUGGAUGAGACAGACUAUAGAGUGGAGAAGAAUCUGAACACAACAGGUCAACACAAGACAUCGACGCCAGACAGGGAGAGAUCUACCAUCCAUGCAACCCACCUUGGUGACAUCAGUUCCAUAAGCAAUUUAUCUGUUAUAACUGGGAUCAAUGAAACUACGGCCGCCUUACAGAGGACUCAUGUGACAGAAGACCCUCUGGAGUCCCUGGAUGUCACUCACAUACCAGGGGAUGUCUUCCUAGAUGGUUGUAAGUUCUACCUCAGCGGAUUCCGUGGCUCCAAUCUUGAGAAGUUGCGGAAGAUAAUCAACGCAGGAGGGGCAACCAGAUUCAACACAAUCAACGAGAGUGUUACCCAUGUUCUGAUGGGAGAGAAGAUCCAGUCAGAUAUUGACAUGAUCAAAAAUAGUGAUCUCAGACCCCACGUAGUGUCAGCAGCCUGGCUGGUAGAGUGUUACAAGAAGGAGAAGACUGUGGAUGUGGAGCCGUAUCUGUGUCUGGAGUUACCUGCCCUUGAUCCAACAUCACCUAAAAUGAAAGGAAGAAGGAAGUCAUCCAAAACAGCUGCAGCACCUAAACCAGCUGAUGCUGAUGCAACACAGAAUCCAGCUGAUCAGAAAGAUAUGGAUGAUAUCCUCAGCCAGUAUCUCCCUCAAGAGAAGGAAACAACUGUUGAAGCUGGCAAAGGGGAUGAAACAAUUACAGGCAAUAAUUAUGAUGAGGUUGAUGGAGGGACCCAGCACACACAGGAUGGGGACAAGGGGAUAUUCUACAAGAAAACCAUUGUCUUCUUCGGAUUUGACGAGGAGCAGAUCAGUGAACUUGGCAACUACAUUAAAGAGAGAGGAGGCAGAGUUGUUGGUGAGAACCACCGUGUUGUUGCAGACUAUGGCAUCGUGCCCAUUGACGGUUAUCCCGUGUCCAUCACUGUCAAUGAAGUUCUCACCAAUGUAUGGCUGCAAAUGUGUAUUGAGGAAGAGAAACUACUACCUGUGCAGCAGAAUCAGCUGUUUCUCCCUAUAGAUAUGAUCAGCAACAUCGAUGAGCUGAAGCCCUUGGAAGGUUGUGUGCUGUCUAUCAGUGGUUUCAGUGGAACAGAGAGGGACUGUCUCAUGCAUAUAGCUAUGAUAAUUGGUGCAAGUUGUCAGGAAUACUUUGUCCGACGAGCCAACAAAGGCCUCCUGGCCAGCACACACCUGCUGGUGAAGGAAGCCUCAGGCACCAAGUAUGAAGCAGCCAAGAAGUGGAAAUUACCUGCAGUUUCAAAACUUUGGCUGUUUGCCUGUGCAAGGUCUGGGAAGAGGGAGCCAGAAGCUGACUACACUAUCGAUAAAGUCGCUGCUCUGAAGUCAGGCCCAGAGUCAGUGCCCAACAUUCCAGAGCACGAGCCAGCCUCAAAACACUGUGAUAAUCAACCAGACACUAACUCAAACAAUAACAACAUCACCUGUAAAGACUCAAAGACGUCCACACUAGAGAAAGUGACUCCUGUCGCAGUCAAACCUCCUAACGCAGUAACACCAACAUUAUCUGCUGAGGAAGCUCAGGGUAGGCCUAAUGUGAUGGACCCAAAGGCAUCCACACUAGAGAAAGUGACUCCUGUCGCAGUCAGGCCUCCUGAUGCAGUAACACCAACAUUAUCUGCUGAGGAAGCUCAGGGUAGGCCUAAUGUGAUGGACCCAAAGGCAUCCACACUAGAGAAAGUGACUCCUGUCGCAGUCAGGCCUCCUGAUGCAGUGAUACCAACAUCAUCUGCUGAGGAGUCUCAGAGUCGGCCUAAUGUGAUGGACCCGAUGUCUGGGGCCAAGUCACUGAUGGAGGAGAUCGCUUUGAAGGAAAGUCUCAGCCAGAAAGAAAAUAUAUCAUUGGAACCAAGCGAUAUCACAAACAGACCUCAGCAUAGUCGAGUUAAGGAACUUCAUCUUGACAAACCUCAAACACCAAAGGCUGCUUCACCUUCAAAGAGUGCAAAUGACACACCUGGAAAGUUUCUCCGUUCAGGUGUUUCAUUUGUACCAAAGUACAAUAUUGCAGAUACUUUCACAUCUCUGCAGUCUCCUGUAGGCGAUGGAAGCCAGAAACACAGGCGAAGAUCAAGUGUGCCCCUUGGAGAGUUUUUUCUCAAGCAUGUGAAGAAGGCAGUUGAGAAUAGCUCUGUAAAGAGGACAGAGGACCAGGAUAUGGGAGAUGAGCACCACUCUGAGGAGAUGCAAGGGCCUCUCCACGGGGUGGUGAUCGCUGUCAGUAAGAAGCUGUUGCUGAACCAGGCUGAGUACAACAACAUCGUGGAGGACCUUGGUGGCUUCUACAGCUGGAAGCAGGAUGGAAGCUGCACACACUUCAUCUUCCAGGGGAGAGCCAAUGAUACGAGCAAAGAGUUCCGCUUGGCAAGAGAUCAAGGGAUCUUUAUUGUCUCCCCUCACUGGCUGUUUGCAUGUAAGGAACAAACAGCAAGAGUUGAUGAGGGCCAGUUUCCCCAUAAUUACAACCCAAACCUUAGCCUGGCAGUGUCUGGUGGCCGAACUCCAGGACGUCCCCUCGCGGAGAGCAGCUCGGAACAGCGUGAGGGGGAGUGAAAAAAACAAUCGGAACAACAAAAGAAAGAGCAUGAGAGCCUGGAAGAUCAGAAGAAGCAUCAGGAAGAAUUAAGAAAAAAGGAAGAACAAAGACUUAAGGAGGAACAAAGAGUAAAAGAAAGACAAAUAGAAGAACAAAGACUGAAUGAAGAGGAACAACAUCCAGACAGAGAAGGAGAUCGGUCACUGGAGGAUCAGCAAGAGGAGGUGGCACAGGAUGAGCCCAAUACUGGCGUGGAGCAUGAUGUGGGAGGCACACUGGAGAUCCGGGAAGAGCUGUCAAAACAGAUGGAGGCCAUCAUGAACUCAGCAGGGAAAGUGAAAAAACAACCAAGAAAGAAAAGCAAGCGACCUGAUGGAAGUGGUCAGUUCAACACAUCCGGCAACACCUCGGACAGUGGACGGAGUCGGCCUUCUUCAAGACAGAGCCCAUGGGCAUAUCAAGAUGAAAAGAAAAGUGUUAGCAGAAGAACCAGAAGUGGAAGCAAGAGUUCUGACACCAACAGCAUGCCAGAAGCUUCACAGAGUGUUCAAGUGACGUGGGAUGAUCCAACAGGGAGACUGGAGCAGGAGAAGCUGGCUGAUGAGCUGCAUCGUCAGUGUAGUCAGAGUCAGAACACAGAUGACUACCUGGCAGGGAUCGACCUCUCAAGCUCCAACGCCCAGUUCUCUGAGCUGGAGGACCCAACAGGGACUGCCAAGGAGAAUGUGUCUCGGACGAGGUCCUCCAAACGAAAAAGCCAGGAAACGGUGAGAACCCCGACCCCUGAAGCUCCACCUCUUGCAUUCCCUGAACCACGUAGAACUAGCAGGGUGAUGUCGCCUCAGCCUAUUGAAAUCUUGGAGGAGGAACAAAAGAAGAAAGAACGGAAACUCCCAGUGAUACUGGUGUCUGGAAUGCAGCAUGAUGAGCGUGUGGACUACGGAGCACUGGUGGAGCAACUGGGAGGGAAGUUGUUGGACUCGCAACACUUUGAUACAUCUUGUACACAUCUAGUUGUAGAGACACCAGCACGGAAUGAGAAGUUCCUGGCCUGUGUGGCUGCAGGGAAAUGGGUGCUACAUAAGUCCUACUUUGAGGCAUGUCGAAGAGAGGGAUACUUUGUCAAGGAGGAGUGUCACGAGUGGGGAAGUGAUGCAACUCAUAACAUCAUGCUCAACAUGAACGCCCAGUGUAGCAAACUAGCAGCUGCAGCUAACAGGUGGAGACAGAAGGUCAAGGAAAUGAAAAAGGUUGACCCACUCUGUCGAGGUGCUUUUGAAGGAUGGCAAGUUAUUCUAUGUACAGACAAGAAUAGAGAGAGUAACUUCUCCCGACUGUUACAAGCAGGUGGAGCUGAGGUGCUGCCCCUCAAACCACCAUUCAGCAGUGAUGUUACUGCCACGCAUGCAUUCCUUGAACUUAACAAAGUUAAACUAUCUCAGGAUGAUCUGGAAAAUCUCAUCAAAUCCCAUAUCCAUUGUCUGAAGCCGGAGUUUAUCGCAGCCCAUCUGACUGAGGACCCUUGCCCCAACCCUGAUGACUACAGUCCACCAGAAAUCACCGCAUUACGAGCUAGUCUUCCAGAUUCCAUGCCGGCAAAGAGAAAGAAUUCAGCAACGGAGGGCUCUGGGAAACGACCACGCAGACAUUGAAACUUUCUUUGGUGUAAAUACGUGUAUAGACUUGUACAUUUUGUGAAGACAGUUGUACAGUUUUGUAUAUUGCUGAAAUUCUUGUUAAGAACAAUACUUUUAGAUUAUGCAUGGUAGAUAUUGUGUUGUAACUUGGCCAAAGAAACAGUUUACAAUUUAAAUUUUAAAUUGGAUGAUUAAGAAUAUCCUUUGUAUCAUGUAUGGAAAGAAAAAUGUAAUGCAACCAGUUAUUUAUGUUGACCUUUGAUUUGUACACAAGUGACUCUGACUUGUGUAGAAUGUUAUGUAGCUACAUGUAUGAUAAAUUACAAGUUUGGAACUUGAGUUUAAUGACCCAUAACCUGCAGGAGAAACAUGAAUGUUGUACUGGUAUAUAUAU